UAUCAAGGAGCAGAUAUAAAAGUGGUUUACUUUCAUCGCAUCAUCCUUUUACACCUCAGCUGUGCCCAGUUGACAGUCGCAGAAGAUCCCAGACACAACAGCCACAAUGAAGUUCCUCUGCGCAUAUCUGGCCCUGGUCUUGCUGGCCUUUGCUAUUGUAGGUACCACACACGCUGCUACACCAGACCCAAGUGAGGGCACGACCGACGGAUCAUCGCCAUCAUCAUCAUCAUCAUCAUCAUCGGCGUCGUCGUCGUCGUCGUCGUCGUCGUCGUCGUCAUCAUCACCAUCAUCCACACGAUCUUCGACCGAAUCGACGAGAGGAUCAACGGCAUCCGGUGCGACCGGAACUAGUACACAAGAGUCUUCAGAAGCGUCUUCACCAGCGUCUCCACCGGCGUCUUCUCCAGCGUCUCCACCAUCUACAACAGGCGCGGCUGUCAAGACUGUUCCCAGCAUGCUGUUCGGCUUCCUGUUCCUCGUGAUCGCAAAGCUCCUGUAGGCGCGUCACGUGACCAGGACAACCAAUCUCAUUCAUGUACAUAAGACAACUCAUUCUGUAUGGCAACUUCCUGUAUGUACUUCCUGUGACUGUAGGCCGUCGUCGACGAUGUUGCUGGGCCUUUUGACUCUCCCACUGUGAUGAUGGGCCCCGUCAUUGACACAGCUUGCUGCACAUGAGAGGGCUGGCACUUCUCCUGCAUUGUAAAGACUAUAACUUGUUCUUAACACGCGUCUAGUGGCUUUCUGCUUACAUAAAUACGAUACAAUCGUGUGCUUUGUUGUGAAGAGCGUCUGUUGAUAUCAGGUUCUGAUUGUGUAUAAAGUCACAACUGAAUGUUAGAAUGAACCUAAUGUACUGUUUCUUGGGUUAUCGAGUGUUGAGGCCUCGUUGUAGUGGCGUAUGCUACUCUGUAAGUCAUGGGUGUGUUUCGAAAAGUCCUUUGUGCAGUUGUUGAAUUUGUUAAACAAUAAACAUAUGAAUGUACAAAUGUC